AUGGACACGAUCAGCAAUGGGCCUUACAUCGGAGAGAAUGAAGUGGUUCAUUUCACUACAGAAGGUGAUCAGUCAUCUGGCCUGCCGGAGCUUCUGAGCAGCAAUGGAGAGGUGAAGUGUGAGAAGAUCACUGAUGUGGUCGGGCAAUCACCAUUUCAGGUCAACAACUGGAUGAAAAGUGCUGCUGCUCGUGGAACCUUCCGCCAUAGUGAAGGAGGCACGUGCGAUGGUGGACAGCGAGCGAUCACAACGCCACUUACAACUUUUAAAGGAAAUAGAGGAGACCUGAUCCAGAUCUUCCGUGAUGGACCCUAUCAGCACUGGGCCGUCUACAUCGGAAAGAAUGAAGUGGUUCAUUUAGUUAACGAGGGUGGUGACUCAUCUGGCUCGUCGGAGCUUCUGAGCAGCAAUGGAAAGGUGAAGAUUGAGAAGUUCGCCGAUGUGGUCGGCAAUGACCGUCACCAGGUCAACAAUCUGCUGGAUGACAUGUACAAGGCUCGUAUGCCUAUGACCAUAGUGAAGGAGGCACGUGACAUGAUGGACAGCGAGCUACAGUACAACGUUGACACUUACAACAGCGAGCACUUUGCUACCGAGAUGCGAUACGACAAGGCAGAGUCUCGGCAGUUUAAAGGAAAACCAGGAGACCUGAUCGAGAUCUUCCGUGAUGGACCCUAUCAGCACUGGGCCGUCUACAUCGGAGAGAAUGAAGUGGUUCAUUUCUUUACAGACGGUGGUCAGUCAUCUGGCUCGUUGGAGCUUCUGAGCAGCAGAGGAAAGGUGAAACGUGAGAAGCUCGCCGAUGAGGUCGGCAAUCACCGUCGCCUGGUCAACAAUCUGCUGGAUAACAUCUACGAUGCUCUUGAGCAUUCUGUCAUAGUAAAGAAGGCCUGUGAGAUGGUGGGCAGCAAGCUACCGUACAACGUUGCCACUUAUAACUGUGAGCACUUUGCUACCGAGAUGCGAUACGGCAAGGCAGAGUCCCGGCAGUUUAAAGGAAAACCAGGAGACCUGAUCGAGAUCUUCCGUGGGCCCUAUCAGCACUGGGACGUCUACAUCGGAGAGAAUGAAGUGGUUCAUUUCACUACAGACGGUGAUCAGUCAUCUGGCUCGUUGGAGAGUCUGAGCAGCAGAGCAGAGGUGAAGCAUGAGAAGCUCACCGAUGUGGUCGGCAAUCACCGUUUCAAAGUCAACAUUCUGCUGGAUAAAAGCCGCAAGGCUCGUGAACCUUCUGUCAUAGUGAAGGAGGCCUGUGCGAUGGUGGGCCGCGAGCUAUCGUACAACGUUGCCACUUACAACUGUGAGCACUUUGCUGUCGAGAUGCGAUACGGCAAGGCAGAGUCCCGGCAGUUUAAAGGAAAACCAGGAGACCUGAUCGAGAUCUCCCGAUGGGGCUAUCAGCACUGGGCCGUCUACAUCGGAGAGAAUGAAGUGGUUCAUUUAGUUAACGAGGGUGAUCAGUCAUCUGGCUCGUCGGAGCUUCUGAGCAGCAGCAAUGGAAAGGUGAAGUGUGAGAAGAUCACUGAUGUGGUCGGCAAUCACCAUUUCCAGGUCAACAAUCUGCUGGAUGAAAAGUACAAGGCUCGUGAUCCUUCCAUCAUAGUGAAGGAGGCACGUGCGAUGGUGGACAGCGAGCGAUCAUACAACGUUGCCACUUACAACUGUGAGCACUUUGCUAUCGAGAUGCGAUACGGCAAGGCAGAGUCUCGGAAGUUUAAUGGAAAACCAGGAGACCUGAUCGAGAUCUUCCGUUGGGGCUAUCAGCACUGGGCCGUCUACAUCGGAGAGAAUGAAGUGGUUCAUUUAGUUAACGAGGGUGGUCGGCUUCUGAACGCCAAAGCAGAGGUGAAGCGUGAGAAGCUCGCCGACGUGGUCGCCAUUCCCCAUUUCCAGGUCAACAAUCUGCUGGAUGAAAAGUACAAGGCUCGUGAUCCUUCCAUCAUAGUGAAGGAGGCCUGUGAGAUGGUGGGCAGCGAGCUAACGUACGGCGUUGUCAAGUACAACAGCAAGCACUUUGCUAUCGAGAUGCGAUACGGCAAGGCAGAGUCUCGGCAGUUUAAAGGAAAACCAGGAGACCUGAUCGAGAUCUUCCGUGGGCCCUAUCAGCACUGGGCCGUCUACAUCGGAGGAAAUGAAGUGGUUCAUUUCACUACAGAAGGUGAUCAGUCAUCUGGCUCGUUGGAGAGUCUGAGCAGCAGAGCAGAGGUGAAGCGUGAGAAGCUCACCGAUGUGGUCGGCAAUCACCGUUUCAAAGUCAACAUUCUGCUGGAUAAAAGCCGCAAGGCUCGUGAACCUUCUGUCAUAGUGAAGGAGGCCUGUGCGAUGGUGGGCCGCGAGCUAUCGUACAACGUUGCCACUUACAACUGUGAGCACUUUGCUGUCGAGAUGCGAUACGGCAAGGCAGAGUCCCGGCAGUUUAAAGGAAAACCAGGAGACCUGAUCCAGAUCUUCCGUGAUGGACCCUAUCAGCACUGGGCCGUCUACAUCAGAGAGAAUGAAGUGGUUCAUUUCACUACAGACGGUGGUGACUCAUCUGGCUCGUCGGAGCUUCUGAGCAGCAAUGGAAAGGUGAAGCUUGAGAAGAUCACUGAUGUGGUCGGUGAUCACCGUCACCAGGUCAACAAUCUGCUGGAUGAAAAGUACGAUGCUCGUAAGCCUAUGACCAUAGUGAAGGAGGCCUGUGAGAUGAUGGACAGCGAGCUACAGUACAACGUUGACACUUACAACAGCAAGCACUUUGCUAUCGAGAUGCGAUACGGCAAGGCAGAGUCUCGGCAGGUUAAAGGAAAACCAGGAGACCUGAUCCAGAUCUUCCGUGAUGGACCCUAUCAGCACUGGGCCGUCUACAUCGGAGAGAAUGAAGUGGUUCAUUUCACUACAGACGGUGGUCAGUCAUCUGGCUCGUCGGCAAAUCCGAGCAGCAGCACCGGAAAGGUGAAGCGUGAGAAGCUCACCAAAGUGGUCAGCAAUCACCAUUUCAAAGUCAACAAUCUGCUGGAUGAAAAGUACGAGGCUCGUAAGCCUAUGACCAUAGUGGAGGAGGCCUGUGAGAUGGUGGGCUGCGAGCUACAGUACAAUGUUGCCACUUACACCUGUGAGCACUUUGCUACCGAGAUGCGAUACGGCAAGGCAGAGUCUCGGCAGUUUAAAGGAAAACCAGGAGACCUGAUCAAGAUCUUCCGUGAUGGACCCUAUCAGCACUGGGCCGUCUACAUCGGAGGACAAGAAGUGGUUCAUUUCACUACAGACGGUGGUGACUCAUCUGGCUCGUCGGAGCUUCUGAGCAGCAAUGGAAAGGUGAAGAUUGAGAAGUUCGCCGAUGUGGUCGGCAAUGACCGUCACCAGGUCAACAAUCUGCUGGAUGACAUGUACAAGGCUCGUAUGCCUAUGACCAUAGUGAAGGAGGCACGUGACAUGAUGGACAGCGAGCUACAGUACAACGUUGACACUUACAACAGCAAGCACUUUGCUACCGAGAUGCGAUACGGCAAGGCAGAGUCCCGGCAGUUUAAUGGAAAACCAGGAGACCUGAUCGAGAUCUUCCGUGGACCCUAUCAGCACUGGGCCGUUUACAUCGGAGAGAAUGAAGUGGUUCAUUUCACUACAGACGGUGGUCACUCAUCUGGCUCGUCUGAGCUUCUGAGCAGCAAUGGAAAGGUGAAGCGUGAGAAGCUCACCGAUGUGGUCGGCAAUCACCGUCACCAGGUCAACAAUCUGCUGGAUGAAAAGUACGAUGCUCGUAAGCCUAUGACCAUAGUGAAGGAGGCCUGUGUGAUGGUGGGCAGCGAGCUACCGUACAACGUUGCCACUUAUAACUGUGAGCACUUUGCUACCGAGAUGCGAUACGGCAAGGUGUGUAUCUAA